UUUAGGGUUUAAGCCCUCUGGCGAUGGAGGAAUGGUGGGCGCGGGCGCUCCUUGGAGGGCGUGAGUCUUACGCGGCCGGGAAUUUUCUGGAGCUACCGGAAGCAGGAGUUUACAGGUAUUCUUUGCACAGGAGUAUUGAGACGCUCUAUGUGCGGAAGGUGUUCGAUGCCCUCUACAAGGAUAUCGUCGCAACUCUGGCGAUCGAGGACUGCUCCCUGUGCCACUUGAAUGGCAACUCCGGUGUUGGCAAAUCGGCCUUCUUGUGGUACAUCAUCAUCAGGACGGGCAUCGACAAGCGGGGCUCGCGCAUCCUGUACGAAUCGGAGACCUACAUUUGGGACUUCAAUGGCUCCUCUCUCAGGGUCAUCGACAAGAAAGACUACCCUCUUGAACAAAUCGAGUCGACCGAGGUCGACUACCACCUGAUCGAUCAGAAGAUCGCACCUGGCAGGACGCUUGGAGUUCGAGCUGUGGUUGCGGCCUCUCCAGAAGAGGGCAACACAAAGACCGCGAGGAAGCUGCGCAUGACUUACACUAGAUACCUCCCGGUUUGGGACAAGCAAGAGUUCGACGCUCUUGUGCAAAGCUGGAAAAGGAGAGCCGAUUUGAUGCCUCGGCCGGAUGGGAAGCUGUCGGUGAAAGCGGAGCUCAUAUACCGAAGAGUAGAUGCUGCCGACUUAGCAUACGAAUGGUUUGGAGGCGUUCCUCGGUUUCUGUGGGAUCGCGAAGCUGAAAACCUCACCGAGGAGGAUUUUUCUUCCGACGUUUGCAAGUGCCUUGCCAACACGAAGCUCAAGAAUGUGGAAGCCAUCCUGCAAAACUCCGCAACCACGCAGAACGUGUCGUGGAGGCUAUUUCACUUCGCGUUGAAGCCCGGAUCCUUCAGACGCUUCUACUACACAUUCUGCUCGGAUAAGGUGGCCAACAUGUAUGCGCAGUACCUGUGUACUAGGAACGUGGAUAAGAUCAGAAGCUUUCUCGAGGCCACUCAGCCGUUCAAGGAAUACGCAAGCUUGCGGGGUUUCGUCUUCGAGCAGUAUGCAAUUGGCCAGGCUUUGCAGCACAACCUUAUGGCCUUGCCGAUGAUUGAUUCCGCCUGCUGUGGAGCUUGCCACCAGAAGAACGAGCGCGGGAAAGCUCAGAGGAUCCAAUGCGGGGUUUGUCUAAGCUGGUAUCAUACCAAGUGCGUACGGGUGGACGUUAUAUAUACCCCAAAGUUUCGCUGUGGACGCUGCCAGGGUGCUCCCGGGGUAGAAUCUGUAUCCCCUGGCGGUCUCUUACUGCGUUACUAUGAAGGAGAUCUCGAAGAUGCGUUACUUGCGGCUGGUAUGGAUGCUGCCAAGUACCUGUGGAGACCACUGAAAAAGAACAAUGCAGUCUUUGGCUUCGUUCUGUUGCCACGCACUUUGGGCCAGGCCACGGUUUCUCGUGAUCACAAACCGGCAGUCAAGCUUCUGGUACAGGCAAUGCAGGCCCUGAGACGUUGGAGGCAGGAAUACGACCCCGGCUAUACUGAGAAGGACGACACCAUCCUCUUGUUUUUCGUGCCGCCGGACACUUUCUCGGGCUUCCAGUUUCAGCCAUACCGAGUGUCUGGAAAGGUUUCUCAGAAAGCCGUGGAAGGUGUUCUGCAGUGCAAGGUGGCCGUUCCAGUGCAAGGUAGUCCUUAUGUUACGCAGCUCAACCCCAGGAAGUUGGCGGGUGUUGUUCCUGUGGAUUUGGACCGGCCGGAAACUUGGGAGGAUGCCUUGGGCUGUGUCGGGCCAGCUCAAGAUGAGGACGAUGGUCCGGAAGUACAUCUUACGGAAGAGAAGAUUCAGUUGGGUAAGCGCAAGCUGGUGUACGAGGGUAAGUUCCUUGAUGCGUUACAAGAGCUCGACGAGAUUUGCAUGCUCGAGGAUACAAAGGGCUACCGAAGUCGACUCGUGGCCCUGUGCAAGAUCUACAAGCUUCCUGCUAAUUCUACCAACCUGCAGAUGCUUACUGAUCUCAAAGCCAAGCGUCAAGAUCUUGAAGACAUGGAUAUGGACUAGAAAGUUCGUGGCAUUAACGAGUUGUGGAGCCAUAAAAAUAAAAGAGAGCUCAUUUGCGAGCUAGGUGACGAUCAAA